UUUAUUUUUCCUGAUGGUGGUGGAACUUCUGCCUCUUCUGGUGAUGAACGGCCUAGGAGACGAGUUAUUAUUUCUCCAAUGGUUCAGCCACAAUUAGUUGCUAGUGGAAGAUAUGACCCCAAUUCACGUUGUUUUUCCUACGUUCCUGCCAAAUCAUUAAAAGAGCAUUACAAAGCUCCAAAAAAGCCAUCACUUAAAAGACGUACUUCAGUUAUAGAACCUGCAGAUUUAGAAGUUAGCCCUUUGGAAGCAAAGAUGGCGCUAGAGAAUUUUGGACUACAAAGUUGUAGUUCUGAGACAUAUCGAAAAACAGAAACACCCAAAUGGGAAGCAGAAAUUGAUAAAUUAACCGGUGGAAAAAUUGAGCAUCGACCUAGGAGAGCGAGUACUGCUGGAACGCCUGUGAGUGAAUAUUUUUAUUUUUCAUACGCAAAAAAACUCAAACUCAAAUCUUACUAUAGGCUUGGGUUUUUCCUGUGCCCAGAGUCCAGGCCUAGGCAUUUUUUGACCUUUCUGGGUUUUUCCUGUGCCUAUGUUUUUCCUGGACUACAGUCCCAGGAUCCGGCCCAGGUCAAUAAAUCAAACGCAGAAACAAGCCCAGGCUUUUCAAAAAUCAGAUCUCACUAUAGGAUACCUCUGAAACUGAAAGAAUGUAUCUUAUAA